CCCAAGAAGUAAAAACACCCACGGAAAACACUGUAACGUGCAUGUGAUAAUAUAAUAUUUAAUCACUGGCAUUAAACUUUACAUGCAGCUCGAUUUUUCGUGGAAUGAGCAUCCCAUGCAGCAUCCUAGGUAUGAAUGAAGUGGCUUGGCAGGAAACACGAGGUGGGAUGCUGCAUUCAAAUGGUGCACCAGAGACUGGAGGUGUUAGAGUUCAUGCUGGAAGCUCCCUUGCCACAGUUGGGGAAAUAGUACAAGGCCCUGGCAGAGCACCCCCUCUGUCAGUUAUGGACAGAACUACAAACACAAAUCACGGGACGCCACAGCCUCCUGUCAGUGGUCGCUCCCAAGAUGAUGCUACUGUGGCCUAUUUUUUUCAGAGGCAACAUGGGGAACAGUUAGGAGGCUGCAUGCCAAGCAAACAGCGCUGGCCCACUGCUGAAGGAAGCCAUGUUGACCAGGUACGCACCAUGGAUGAAAUGAAUUAUGAUUUUCAAGCACUUGCAUUGGAGUCUCGUGGAAUGGGUGAGCUUUUGCCAGCAAAAAAACUGUGGGAGUCAGAUGAAUUGGCAAGAGACGGACGCAAAGGGAUUUUAUUGGGAGAGGAGUGGAGAGAAAAUGCUUGGGGGACUUCUCAUCACUCAGUGUCACAGCCCAUCAUGGUGCAGAGGCGACCUGGCCAGAGUUAUAAUGGGAAUGUAGAUGCUAGCUCAGUGCUUUCUCCACGAUCAGAAGGCGGGGGCCUGGGUGUAAGUAUGGUGGAAUAUGUUCUCAGUUCCUCUCCUGGAGACAAGAUGGAUGGCCGCUACAAAAAUGGAGGAUUUGGUGGAGAAGCUGCAGAAAAAGAUGCCAGGGAAAAGGUUGACUUAAAGGAAAAGGUUUCGCCCUUUGAAGAGGACAAAAGCACUGAAAUGAACAUUGGAGAUGAUGAUGCUGCCAAAGCCAGUGCUCGGGGUCUACUUAAUGGAAUGGAACAUGACUGCAAAGACUUUAACCCUACCCCAGGCAGUCGCCAGGAGUCCCCUACAGAGGCUGUCGAGCGCUUGGGCCCCAGUCAAUCUGGACUGGAGAUGAUGGGACAGCACCACUUGCAUGCUUUGCAGGUGGCCACCACCACUCCCAGUAAGCCCUCUACUGAGGUUUUUCAGAUCCAGGAGGCACAGAGCAUGGGUGGCAUAGAGCAGCAGGCUGGCGUUGAGUCACUUCAGUUCGAAUAUGCUGGAAACCAAAUUCAGAUGGACUCUGCUGGAGCACCAUUGGGCUUGUUUGACUACAAUUCCCAGCAACAGUUGUUCCAGAGGACAAGCCAUCUGACUGUUCAGCAACUGACAGCUGCACAGCAACAACAAUAUGCUCUUGCUGCUGCCCAACAACAGCAUCUUGGUCUUGCCCCUGCGUUUGUUCCAAACCCUUACAUAAUCAACGCUGCCCCUCCUGGAACAGACCCCUAUACUGCUGCAGGCCUAGCAGCAGCAGCAACACUUGCAGGCCCGGUGGUGCCCCCUCAGUACUAUGGAGUUCCAUGGGGUGUAUACCCUGCUAACUUUUUUCAGCAGCAGACUGCAACUGUUGCAAACCAGCAGGCUUCAAAUCAGGGCCCAGGUCCUGGACAGCCACAGGUGAUGCGUUCAGGGACUAGCCAGCGACCAUUAACUCCAGGGCAGAGUCAGCAGUCACAGCAGGAAUCUCUUGCUGCAGCAAAUUCCGGACUGGCUUUUACAGGGUAUCAAGUCCUUACACCAGCUGCUUAUUAUGACCAGACUGGAGCAUUGGUGAUGGGCCCUGGAACUCGUACAGGACUGAGCGGGCCAGUUCGUCUUGUCCAGACAUCACUUCUAAUCAACCCUGCUGCAGCACAGACUGCAGCCGCAUCAGGUACGGGCUCUGGUAGCAAUAUAUCUGGUCCUGCCAAUGGUCUGUACAGAACUAUAGGCUGCCAGCAACCCCAGGCCCAGCAGCAACAACCACCCUCCAGUGGCUUGCUCUCCAGUUCCUUUUACGGUUCAGGCUCGAUGGCUUCCAGCUCCCAGAGCUCCUCUUUGUUCUCUCAAUCAAGUGCUGUGCAACCACCUAACUCCUCACUGGGCUUUAGCAGCACGGGGGCCUCUCUUGGUAUAGGGAUUGGAUCAGCUCUUGGAGGUUUUGGCUCUUCAGUUCCCAGCAACAGCAAUAACAGUGCUUCUCGUCGGGACUCGCUGUUGGCCAGCUCGGACCUAUAUAAGCGUGGUGGUAGCGGCAAUUUGACCCCAAUUGGUCAGCCUUUUUUCAACAGCAUAGGCUAUGCCUCUUCCCCCAGCCCAAUUGGCCUAACACCUGGGCACUCACCUCUUACUCCCCCACCAUCACUGACGUCCUCUCAUGGUUCCUCAUCCAGUCUCCAUCUGGGGGGUCUACCAAAUGGUGGUGGCCGUUAUAUUUCAGCUGCCCCAGGUGCUGAGGCAAAGUACAGAAGCACAGGUGGAACAUCAAGCCUGUUCAGCUCCACAAGUCAGCUUUUCCCUCCACCACCACGUACACGCUAUAGCCGCUCGGAUGUCAUGCCUUCAGGUCGCAGCCGCCUACUGGAGGACUUCCGCAACAAUCGUUUCCCAAACCUACAGCUUCGUGACCUGCCUGGACACAUGGUGGAGUUCUCUCAGGACCAGCAUGGCUCUAGGUUUAUUCAGCAAAAGUUGGAAAGAGCCACACCAGCAGAAAGACAAAUGGUGUUUGGAGAGAUCCUGCAGGCUGCUUACCAACUCAUGACUGAUGUUUUCGGCAACUAUGUCAUACAGAAGUUCUUCGAGUUUGGUAGUGCUGAUCAGAAGCUAGCCCUGGCAUCUCGUGUCCGUGGCCAUGUGCUGCCCCUAGCGUUGCAGAUGUAUGGUUGCAGAGUCAUUCAGAAAGCACUGGAAUCCAUCUCUUCUGACCACCAGGUAAUUAGUGAUAUUGUGCGGGAGCUGGAUGGCCAUGUUCUGAAGUGUGUGAAGGAUCAAAAUGGGAACCAUGUGGUACAGAAGUGCAUUGAAUGUGUCCAGCCCCAGGGCCUGCAAUUCAUCAUUGAUGCUUUUCAAGGCCAGGUGUUUGUUCUAUCCACUCACCCAUAUGGCUGCCGAGUUAUACAGCGUAUUCUAGAACACUGCACUCAGGAACAGACACUACCAAUCCUGGAUGAGCUUCAUCAGCAUUCGGAGCAGUUAGGCCAGGAUCAGUAUGGUAAUUAUGUCAUCCAGCAUGUUCUGGAACAUGGGCGGCCUGAAGACAAAAGCAAAAUUGUGGGAGAGGUCAGGGGAAAGGUUCUGGCUUUAAGUCAGCAUAAAUUUGCAAGUAAUGUUGUAGAGAAAUGUGUGAUCCACUCAUCCCGUGCGGAGAGAGCUCUUUUGAUUGAUGAGGUCUGCUGUCAAAAGGAUGGCCCUCAUGGUGCCCUUUACACUAUGAUGAAGGACCAGUAUGCUAAUUAUGUGGUACAAAGGAUGAUUGACAUGGCUGAGCCUUCUCAACGCAAAAUCAUAAUGCACAAGAUCCGGCCACACAUUGCCACGCUGCGAAAAUAUACUUAUGGUAAACACAUUUUGGCCAAGCUGGAAAAGUAUUAUAUGAAAAGCGGAUCAGAGCUGGGCCCAAUUGGAUGCCCCACCAAUGGCCUCAUUUAGUGAAAAAAGAGCCCUUAAACCGAGAAUUUUAAAGCUGUAAGGGCAAGUCUGCUCCACCAAAAGUCUUUUUGUCAUUUUUUACAAAAUAUUUGACGACUAGUCUAGUUGGUUAUGUUAAUGUUGGCCAUGGUGUAAUUACUUCAUAUUUCUAAACCGACUAUACACCAACUUUUAAAAAAGGGCAUGGAGAUAUGUAGACUUUAGAUAAUGCAUGAUCAUUUGUAGAUUCUUUCUGGGUAAAGCAAUGUUUUAUAUGUAUAUUUUUUUUGUUUUCACCAUUUAUUUAUUUCUGUAAAAAAUUAUGCGGAUGCUAAAAAUGUACUGUUUUGAAAAUUCAAAAGCAAUUGACUUUAUAAGGCCAAAAGUGUUUGUGUCAAUUUUUUUUGACCUGAUAGGUAUAAAACAAUACAGGAUAGGCAAAAUAAUCAUGUGGCUCUUACAAUCUCUUAUUUCAAAAAUUGUAAAAAGAAGCAAUAUAACUUAGGGAUUUUAUUCAAACAUCUGUGACUAGUAUGGAUACAAUCUCUUAAAGAUUAUAAAUUGUAGUUGUAACCCCCAUCAGAUUGUCUUUUUUUGUUGCACUGUCCUUUUUUAAUUUUUUUAACAGCUACACCAUGGCUCAAUCAUAGCUUUAAUAUGUACUGUAAUGAUCCAUAAUGACUAAUUUCGGUCAAGUAGUACAGGACACAACAGCUUCUGUUUUAAUUUGAAAACUGAAAGUGUUGUUGAUAUGCAUCUUUGCAUUAUACUAAAACGUUUAUAAGCGUCAUGGGGUUAAAAAAAGUAAUUAGGGAUGUGUAGAAUAGCAUCACCAUGUUAAGUUUUUUCUUAUCACUGCCCUGAAAACAAUGUAUUUUAAUUAUUUUGCAUGUGCUUAUGUUUUUAAGAACCACUUAUGAAUGUAACCCCAGUUAAUUUUUUGUUGUAAGAGUUCCGAGUAGUUGAUGCUGUUAAUAUUCAACUAUUUAGUAUUGCAAGUAUAUUACAUUUUGUUUUUUAUAUAAAUAAAUGUAGAAUACAUGUAGUAUAUGUGCAGUAGGUUUAUUAGUUAAGUAGAAAGAAGUAGAAAUGCAUUUAGUUGUGAUAAAAUAUUAAUGAAUGCCUUUAUAUUGUCUGUACAGUUGUACAUUUGUAAACAUUCAUGCUGUAAAUUGGUUGGUUGUAUUUCAUAGGGUUAAAAAGCAACUUUUGCAAUUGUAUGUGCGGGUAUCCAUCACUCUCUCCCUUUACUGUAUAAAGUUUUUUAAUGUUAUUUUAAAGAGAGAAUUUAUGGAUUUACAUUUUUGACAUGGCUUUGUUUCUAAAAUGUUUUUGAAAAGGGUCAACCUUUUUUCAUGAAUGGAGCAGUGUGUUGGUAUGGUCUUUUUGACGUGACAUUAUAAUUUUAAUGUGAUACCACAGUUACAGGGCCUACUAGCCCUAUUUACAACCAUGGAAAUGUCAUAGGAUGCAACAAAAGAUUGUACAGAAGACUUGUCGUUUUGCAACUGUAAUCUUGUAAGUGAAAUGUAAGAUACUGUCAAUUAUAUAAAUAUGAACAUGUGUUGUUAGUCAUGUACAUUUUGAGGUGGCCUUAUGUACAUUUCCAAACAAUAGAUGAUUUUUUUUAAAUAAAAAUUGUGUCUAUGAUUAAACAGUUCUUCUAACCUUUGA